AUGGAGGAAAAGGACGGACUCCCGCCGUACACGUAUGGCGCCUUGGAGCCUAUGCCGCUGCCGUCUCGCUGCCGCAAUGCCCUCUCCCGUCGACGCCGUCGGGCACUUCGAUUCGUCGUCGUCAGCUGCCUCGUGCUGAUUGUCUUUGCGCAGUGGAAGCAGGUUUGGCGGUCCAGAAACGAUGCUCCGAGCCUGUCGCUGGAAAGGCUCAAGCGUGACCUCGCCACAUGCCGCCGUUUGCGUCACACACCCGAGGAUCCCGUGGGACUGGGCCGGGAGAAGAAUGCGAGAUACAUCGAUGGCCAUCGGCCAACGCUGAUUCGAAAUGCCACCGUGUGGAUUGGCGAGGCCGUGCCAGGCACGAGCGCCGAGGAUGCCAGAGCCGGCAAAGGUUGGCGCUGGGAAACGAGGGACGUGCUGCUGGAAAAGGGCCUCAUCAAGGCGGUCGAGCGGCACAUCUCGUCGACGUCACUCCCCAAGGACACCAAGGUGUACGACGCCGCCGGCCGGCAGCUGACGAGCGGCAUCAUCGACAUGCACAGUCACGCGGGCGUCUUUGCCCUCCCGUCCCUCAACGGGAACGACGACGGCAACGAGUUUUCGGACAAGAUUACGCCUUGGGCUCGCUCCAUCGACGCCCUCGACCCCUUUGACCCUCAGUUUCAAGUCAUCAAAUCCGGCGGCGUCACGACCUCCCUCAUCUUGCCGGGCUCCAGCAACAACAUUGCCGGCGAAGGAUUUCUCGUCAAGCAUGCCGUCGGCAAGCCCGACGGCCGCGGCGAAAUCGGCGUCCGGGACAUGCUCGCCGAUCCAGACGGCAGCUGGCGAUAUAUGAAGAUGGCCUGCGGCGAAAACCCCAAGAUUGUGGGGGCCGAGACGUCAACCGUCGCCAGACGCAACAGUCGCAUGGGCGAGAGCUUCGACUUUCGACGCGCUUUCGAGCAGGCCACGGCGCUCGUGCAGCGGCAGGAUGACUGGUGCGACAAGGCGGAGUCAUCCGGCGUCGAAAGCAUGGAUGAGUAUCUUCCCCAAGACAUCACGUGGGAGCCGCUCGGUGCUGCCCUUCGCGGACAGGUGCAUGUCAACGUCCACUGCUACACGGUGACUGAUCUCGAGGCCAUGGUGGACCACAGCAACGAGUUCAAGUUUGCGGUCCGCUCCUUUCACCACGCUCACCAGUCGUAUCUGGUGCCGGAGGUGAGAUGCUUCUUCGCCCCCCUCCCCCCCCCCCCCGGCCGCCGCCGCCACGCUCGAGGCUGA